AGAUUUAAUGUGUGGGUCAAAUGGCCUGACAAACAUUAGAGCACCCUGUGCCGAGUACAUCUGAGGCAAAGAAGCCGGGGACUAGAAUCACCUGUGCCAUUCGUGCUGGUAAUUUGACACAUUCGUUUUAAAAAGCCUGUUGGAAACACUUAUUUUCUUCUGGUAGACGGAACGCACGUAGGUUUUUUCUCUUUGACGUUUGUUUACUUAUAAAGGACCAGAAGUUGCCUCAUAGAAAACUCUGUACUAAGAGAAGUGCUCAGCAAACAUGAUGUCCUAUAAAUCCAAACUUCCUGCGUCCUGGAAUGAUCAGCCUCCCCCUCGGAAGGUGGAAAUUGACCUCAGUUCACCUGGAUUAGCCGUGUUUGAGUUGGAAAGACUCUUGUUUACUGGCAAAGCUAUCAUCAGCCAUGCAGACGAAGUUUGGCCAAGGCUUUAUAUCGGUGACCAGAACAGUGCAGAGAACCGGGCCGAUCUCACCAGGCAUCGAGUCACACACAUCCUGAAUGCAGCUCACAGCAAACGGGGGGCGCAGCCAGAAAUCUACGAGGGCAUGGAGAUCACAUACAUGGGCAUAGAGGCUCAUGACUCCUGUGGCUUUGACAUGAGCGUCAAUUUCCAGGCAGCAGCAGACUUCAUCCAAAGGGCUCUCAGCAGAGGAGGCAAAGUGUUGGUGCACUGCCAUGUAGGGGUGAGCCGCUCCGCCACCCUGGUUCUGGCUUACCUGAUGCUGAAGCACAACCUGAGCCUGGUGGAGGCGAUUUGUGUGGUGAAAGAAAACCGGGGGGUCAUCCCUAAUCGAGGUUUCCUCCGACAGCUCAUCAGACUGGACGGCAAGCUCUUUGGCAAACACUGAACGCUGCUGCGUAGCAUUACUGGGUACGUUGAGCAGGUCCAGAACUUAAAGGAAAUAACAUGAUAAAGAAAGCUCAAGUGUAUUGCAUAUUAUCCUAUUUUGAGAUACUCAAAGCCUCUGAUCAUUUUCUGGGUUGUGUUUUAAUUGCCUUUAACUUUAAGGUAGAAAAUGUUAAUAUAUUCUGUCAAUUUGUAUGAUGUUUUACAUUAAAAACAUUCAAUGUUGAUUUAGUUGAAUGUCUUGCAGACAAUCAGUGCUACUUAGACACGGAAACAAGAACACAUCAAAUAAAUAUUUUCUAAAAAAAACA